CGUCGUGUCAGUCGUGUACGUGUACGCGCGCGUGUUUGCCGCGGUAGUGUGGCCGGUUUUGUUCCCUUCUUAAGCGGUGCGUGCGACACCCCCGACGUUGGUGUGGGUUUGUGUGGACAGUAACUUUGCAUGCUGUCGGCCCGCCGCCGUGUGGUAGUACUCACCAGAUGGGUUUGCUUCGGACGACGAAUGUUUGACACCGCUAAAGUUUUUACGGGGUUUUUUGAAAAUCUUAACGCACCACCGCUGUAACAUAUGACCGCGGCCGAUAGAUCUCCGUUUUCAAUUAAAUUCGAAUAAUUAAUUGUUUGGCGGUUAUCUCAUAGGAUUUUCAAAGAUCAACCAGUUAUCAAAUCAAAAAGUUAUCGUAUCAUAAAGAAAUGUGGUGAAGGCAAGAAAUCUAAAAUUAAACAAAAAAGUGGUCACAUAUUUUGUUUAAUAACAUAACAAGAAAAAAUCACUUUCAAACGCAAACAUUGAUAAAUCGCUUUAAAACAGUGCAGGGCUGCGAGUUUAUCGCCAUGUUGCGCUUCGAAGCAUGUAUGUCAUCUUCCCGGCGGACGAAGUCGUACAGCUGUCAUUUGGUCAACCUGCAUCACGACAGCACCAACAGCAGCAGUCUGGUCAACGUUGCCUUUGCGGCCAACACCGUACUGUCCGAAUUAUGGAUGGCGGUGGAAGACGCUUAAGUAGCAAAUUCGCUAGUUCCAUGUCCUCAGCGAUGGGUGACGACCUUUCGCUAAAGGACCUGACGCAUCCGGCGUUGAAUGAUAUUCUGAAGACACAUAAUGCUGCCACAUUCAAGCUUGUCAAAACAGUGUCCGAUUUCACGCAAGAGUUGUCCCAAAUGUACGAACAACAUGCCGCUGAGCUACAACUAUUGGUCACUAAUUUUCGGAAGAAAAACAACGAUCUCAGGAAAGAUAGGCCUCCAUUUCCUAGCCAAUUAUUUUACACGUGGGAGACGUUCCUUCAAGAAGUAGAAACAGAUUCUAAGUCUAUCAGUGACGUAGCCAAUGUGCUUACUAGACAGAUAUCUAGACCAAUUUUGGACAGGUCUUUUCACCGUAAAGUGCAAUCACGUAAAGUGUUUAGUCAAAGGGAUUCGUUAGAAACAAUUCUACAGAAAGCUGAAGACAAAUUAGCCAAAUGUAGGGAUGAUUAUAAACGUGCAUUUCUUGCUCAGUUGUCUUCUCCUAACAGUUCAGCUUCUUUAUCCUCAUAUCUAGAUGCACACAACGCUUACGUGACACAAUUGCAUGCAACUAACGGUAUGGUCGAUCAAUACAAUCAAUUCGUGUUGCCUCAACUUUUACAAGAACUUGAAGAAGUUUAUUCGGAUCUUUGUUUGACUUUAUCAGACGCUGUAUUACAAGGAUCCGAAACUAUAUACAACAAAUCUAGCGAUCAGUCUAAGAGGUAUAACGCAUUGGGAUCACAAUGUCGACAAUUGACGCCUAGUGCAGAUAUAGUAGCGUUCACUAGAUCUUUGACUCCCUUACCUACCACAUCAAGUCCAUCACAACGGAUUUGUAAUUACUGUCCACCUCAAGCUCCAGCUGAUACCGAAGGCUUAACCAUUGAUCCAGUAGUCACGGAAGCAAUGACACAGUUGGCUUUGAAAAAUGAAUUAGUCGUCGAUAGAUUAGCUAGUUUGGAUAUUAGAGCUGGAUAUGAUACAAUAAGGGCAGAAUUGAUGGACCUUGAAUCACAGAUGAAACAAAUACAAGAUUCUGUCGAAACACUCAAACGUUUACAACAAAGAAGCCUAGAACAGUCAUUGUUUAGUAAAGCCAAUGAAUUACAGGAAGAUUUAAGUAUAAAAAGAUUCGAAUUAAGAACAGCGCAAAUGCAUUUGGCAGCCGUCAAGUCACAAAAAGAUCUAUUCGCGUCAAAAUUAGAGGCGACUGAGUCGAACGCCAGAGACAGAAAACUGUCAUCUUCGUCCAGUGGAAGCAUGAAGUCCAAAUGGCUAAAGGCUAUCAAAAGCCUUAAGACCACAAGUGGACCUACCAACAACAACACGACGCAAAAAGAUGAAAAGAAACAUCAAAUGUAUCAUGCGGUAUCGACCAUAAUAGCAAUGAGGAAAACCGGUCGAGACGGGAAUCCUCAGUUUUCGGCAAACACGGAAACAGCACAUCAAUUCCAAGAAUACACUUAUAAGAAAAUUACACCAUGCGAUUUCUGCUCUCAAGUUUUAAGAGGGCACACCAGACAAGGACUUAAAUGUCGAGUGUGUAAGAUGAACGUGCACUUGGACUGCCAAGAAAAAGUGACUACUCGGUGUCAGGUCAAAUCGCGUUUAUUACGCCGACAAAAAUCCACGUCGGAAAUUGAAACCAAAAUGGCUGCGAUGAACGUUUCAUCCGCUUCGGCUGCAGCGCUAGACGACGAAGUAAUAUCCGGUGCGGACGGUGGCGGCGGUGGUGGUGCCGGCGGCCAGCAACCCCAGACAGAGCAAGUGGAUCAAGUGUAUCAGGUGUUGAAACAGGCCGGGGAAAUCCGUACUUCGCCAAGAUCAGGCGUAGGCCGGCAGCAAUCCAUUGUUGGGCCACCAGCUGAACCCAGAUCACAACAUCACCAACAUCACCCGCCAAACAGUUUGAGCAGACCGGGCACCGCGGCCACGUUGAACGUCACGUCACCACCAAACGCGUCCAGCUCAGCUCCACACAGUCCGCGGCGACCAAAACUCAAUUCGCGCAUGAAGAGCUUCUCGUUGGACUCGUCGGACACAGCAGAACAAGCACAGCGACGACGCAUGGGCGGCGGUCAACACAUGGAAAGUCAUUCCAAUCCGUCGUCCUCGUCCAGAUUACAAUCUCCUUCUAGUCCCGUCCACAAUCGUCGUUUACUUACCACAAGAAACAUACGAAUGAGUUCAGUGGAGCUACCAGACGACAACGAUAAGUCAUUGUCAUCGGCCAGCACCUCUCCGUGCCCGUCGCCGGUGAGAUAUCCACAAAAACCGCACAGACUACUACCAAACAAUUUAUAUGUGGUGCUUUACAACUUUAAGGCUCGCCGAGAGGACGAACUAGACUUGAAAGCGGGAUACAAAGUAACAGUUAUCGACACUUCGGACCCGGCCUGGUGGAAAGGCAAGUGCUUCGGCCGUGUCGGUUAUUUCCCGUACAACUACGUGACCAAAGUACAACCUGGCGAGAGACCUUUGCAGGUCACUCAUAAUUUACAAGUGUCUGACGGCGACAAUGGACUAACAUUACUCAGGGAUCAGAUCGUUAUUCAAAUUGGCGAAGAACUAGACGGCAUGGUAGUAAUCAGAAAUGCAGAGAACAAACAGGGCAUCUGUCCCGUGAAGUUCUUGCAAGAGGUGUGACAAUCGAGUGAGCGAUACAUAACGCAUCGCUUCUCUCUGUCUCGACGACCUUUCUUAAGCCCUUCUUUGCCUUUAGACUACGAGAUGAGAUAUGAUGAUGACCGCUCGUACAGCCGACGACAGUCGAAUUCGCAAACUCGACCGCUGUUGGUGAUCGGUCAACGUUGAUGCAUACAAUCCACGACGCCGAAUUAUAAUAAUAUUAUGCUACAUAAACAUAUUGUACUUUUCUACCCCAGAAUAAUUUUACCGUCCUUAACUCUGUGAUCUGCUUCGAUUGUCUGGGUUGUGUAGUGUUUCUACACGUGGACACCACCAGAGACAAAUUACCACUACCGCAUUUGUAAAUUUCCUAUUUGCAUAAACGAUACCCUAAAUACAUUUUGUUUUCUUUUUCUCCGUCCAUAAUGCCACUAACAUAACGCAGAACACAAUCUGUAAGCCCUUGUGUAUCAUUUGUUUACCCUGUCGUCAGAGAAAGCGGAACGUUACUCAUAAGAGUGUAGUUUAUUGUUGUAUAUUAUAUUAAGAGAAUAUAUUUAUUUUUUAUUUUA